AUGGGGUCUCAAAGUGGGCUUGUCCUUGGAUACAAUGGCGUCCACCCCUUCUCGAGAGUGAAAAUUACCGAUCGGGCAUCCGUACAGGAGUUGCUGCGCACACUGCUUGAUCCCUUGGAACCAUUUUUCUCGCCUUUGAAAGCACGGGUCAGGUGUCCGGGCGCCACAGCCGUCAGAUUCGACCAGACAGCGUCGGAAGUGGAAGGCAUAUGUCGGCCUCUUUGGGGUCUGGCUUGUCUCCUCGAUGGUGGGGGCGAAUACCAUGGCACCAAAUGGUGGAUUGAGGGCAUCAAGUCCGGAACCGACCCAGAAAGCCCCGAGUUCUGGGGUUACCCGCGUGAUAACGACCAAAGGAUGGUUGAGAUGUGUCCCCUAGGUUAUGCACUGGCUGUGGCUCCUGAGAUAUGGCAAUCUUUGAACGAGAAGGAACGGACAAAUGUCGAGCUGUGGUUGGGUAACUCUAUCAACGAGAAAAACAUGCCUAAUACGAAUUGGCUGUGGUUUCGUGUUUUCGCUAACCUUGGUCUCAAGAAGAAUGGAGGGAAGUUUUCUCAAGAGAGGCUAGACAGCGAUAUUGAGCAUCUGAACACCUUCUACAGGGGAGAUGGCUGGUCUAACGAUGGACCAGAAGGAAUCCAUCAAAUGGACUACUACUCCUCAAGCUUUGCAAUCCAUUUCUUACAACUAUUAUAUGCGAAGCUGGCCGGUGGCGAUGAGCCGAAACGUGCCGAAGAAUUCAAGAAACGUGCUCAAAUGGCAGCCCUUGACCUGGUUCACUACUAUGAUAAGGAGGGACGCGCUUUACCCUUUGGCCGAAGUGUGGGCUAUCGGUUCGCUAUGGUCUCUUUUUGGGGAGCGCUGGCAUACGCUGGAGUCGAGCUCCCUGAACCGCUGACUUGGGGCAUGGUGAAGGGUAUCGUGCUUCGGAACUUACGGUGGUGGCAGACACAGCCUGAUAUUUGGAGUUCCAGCGGUACCUUGACUAUUGGGUAUUCAUAUCCGAAUAUGUAUAUGGCAGAGAAUUACAAUAGCCCAGGGAGUCCGUAUUGGGCCUGCUUAGCCUUCAUUUGCCUCGCUGUGCCAGCUGAUCACCCCUUCUGGACCUCUGAGGAAGAGUAUCACGGAGAUGUCAUCCCCAAGAUCAAGGCGCUGAAGCACCCUGGCCACAUUAUGAGCUAUUUUGGGGGACAUUGCAUGCUCCUAUCCUCGGGUCAGGCCUGUAGCUAUCCAAUGAAGGGUACUCACGCAAAAUACGGUGCCUUCGCAUACAGCAGCGCAUACGCAUACUCUGUACCCCCAGGCCUCUUCACGCUUGAACAGUAUGCCCUGGCCUCGCAACUUGGUCUCUCAGAUGAUGGUGGUGAGUACUGGAAGACGCGCCGGCUGUCAGUGUACGUAGGGCUCGAGCAUCGUCCCUCCGGUGAUUCUGCAGCUCGAAAUACCCCCGUGCUUGUGUCAAUAUGGAAGCCGUUCCCCGACGUAACGAUCCGCACCACUCUCAUUCCUCCAUCACAAGAGACGCCAAACUGGCAUCUCCGCGCCCAUAGGAUUGAGAACGCGGGCUCCCGCACCCUCAAGACAGCCGAUGGCUCGUUUGCGAUCUCCAAUGCCCGAUCUCCCGACGGCCGCUACUUGGACCUGUACGACCCUGGGAAAUGUGAGGGAACGCAGCCGCGAAUCGUUGGGAACUACGACCUUGCUACGCCAGAGGGGUGGGCUAGCGGUGUCACAGGUGCGUUUGCUGUCUCAAAGGGUGCUGUAGGUAUCAGGGCGUUGGAAUCUCAGGACCAGACAGCUUCGAAAGAUGCGCAGGGAGAAGGCAAGGAUCGGGCGGCCAUGCUCGUCAACGCUGAUCCAAACUCUAAUCUCGUUGAGAGUCGAACCGUGAUUCCGACAUUGCAAGGCACGAUACGUGCGACCGAGACAGUGUGGUAUAUCUCGGCCAUAUAUGCCAAGCCACCCGGUGAGGGUGUUGCUAAAGAGUCGUAUCUCGAUGGGUGGGAGAGUAUCCCUGAGAUUCCUGCUUGGUUGAAAGACGAAAUGACUUCAUAG